UUCCCUUCGAGACCACUUCGACGAUUUUCGCACGAUAUCCUCGGGCCAUAGGAAGCCACCACACGUCUGCGACCUCACUUGUUGAGGUUCGCAGUCCACCAUGAACGCAAUGAACACGGGCAUCAAGGGCCAUCUCCUCGCCCAUUAUCAGCGACAACAAUCUACACAACCGGUGGGAACAUGGCAGCAACAGUUGCCAGUGGCGGAACGAGUUGGGCGGGCGUCGGAACUAUAUACAUCACUAAAGUUGGCGAAGAACCCGCAAAAUGCACAGCAGGAGAUGCAAGUCAUGCAACAUGCGGUCGGCAUAGAAUCACAAUUUUGCCAGAAGUCGCCAGAUAAGCAAACAUAUAUCGCAGAACUCACUCGACGCUUAACUAUGCUCGCACAAGAACGAGCUCGAAACACACCCGCCCUUACAAAUCCACAAAAUCCCAUGGCCAAUAUGCAACGACCCAUGAUGGGAACCCCGAUGCAGCAGACCAUGUCAAACCCAGGCGCGAACCCAGUUCAAAAUCAAGGACCGCCUCCUUUCCAACCACAGCUCCAACGACCCAUGCAAGCCUCACCUAUCCCUCCGAAUCCCGUUUCCAACCCGACCGGCAUGACCGGCAUGCCGGAAGAUUCGGGCUUGACCGCACCGGCCAUGCAACAACAGGGCUCGCAAGCCCCCAACCAACCCCGACAGACUCCAGGUGGUCCGCAGGCGGGCGGUCAACAGAUGAUGCAGAAUCCACAAAUUCGGCUGACACAGGAGGACGUGCCGAAAAUCCAACUCCUAGCCCAACGGCUCUUUCAGCAAAGCAAUCCGCAAUUCCACCAGAGAAUACGAGAGGAAGCGGGUCGGUUACCGCCGGAUAAGCUGGCGCAACUGCAGCAAAGUGGGCAGGACCCCGUGAUACUCCAUUUCCGAAAACAAGCGCAGCGCAUAGUGUUGCAGCAGAAACAACAGCAGAGUGCAUUGGGUCAGGGCAACAAUCCGCCCGGCGCCACAGCUGGCGGCAUCCCUCCGAACAUGUCCAAUCAACGUUCAUUCCAAGGCAUGAAUCCCCAAGAUGCACAGGGAGGCAUGUCCGGACAGCAAGAGUUUGACUUCUCUCAAAUCGCUGGACAGCAAGCCGACGCUCUGCGAUCGCAAGAUGCCGGCCAACUGGUCGUUCCUGCGAGCAACAACAUGAACCCGCAACAUCAGCUCGGGCAGUUCAUGGGAAUGCAGAAUCAAAUGCGUCAACCAGGAAUGGGCGGGCCGGGACAGGUGCCGAACGAUCUUGCGCAACAGCAAGCCAUGAUGAACAUGCAGCAGAACCAACCCGAACAUAUUCGACAGCAAAACGCGGCAAAGAUAGCUCAGGCACAAGCACAGGCCCAAGCCCACGCACAAGCACGCUUGAAGAUGGCACAGAAUCAAGGGCAGAUGCAACAGCAAUUACGAGGCCAAUCGAACGGAUUGAAUGCGCAGACCCCGCAACAGAACUCCGAUAUCUCCCUCCUGACGCAACCGAUGGAUACCCCCGGUCAACAGAGCGUCGCGUCUCAUCGACCGCAAUCCGCGAUUCCGCCAGUCAACGCCUUCCACCCUGGCAUGGAUCCCCGAGCCGCACAAGCGAUCCUUCAAGCCCAACAACGAGCCGCUUCGGCGCAAGGAGUACCGAACGGCCAGGGAGCCGUACCCCGUCAACUUCCCCCCUGGCUCUCGCGAGCCGGCCUCUCACAAGCCCAACUGGAGAACCUCGCCCACUUGCCACCGCCCGCAUACAACCAAGCUUUGCAAGUGAUCCAAGAUCGUGUCCGGCAUCUCGCCCGACCCGGCGCCAAUAUGCUCGGCAACCAGGUCCCCGCCAACCAGAACGUCCUGCAGAUGGGCCAACUCGGUGACCAGUUCAUGGGCCCGCAACCGCAGCCGCCAGCUCAACCACCGCAUACCAAUCAAGGCAUGCCAAACAUGAUGGGGCAGCCGCAACAACAGGGGCGACCCCCGAGUCCGAAGGUGUUUGAUCAGCAAAACUUCCCGCCGCAAGGAAUGCAAGGACCGCAAGGACCGCCUAACCAGCAGCAGGUCCGGCAGAAUCUGCCUCCCGUCAACCCGGAAAUGUUGCGGCAGUCGGAUGGGUGGGAAUUCCCGCAGCAAUUGGUGGCGCAGGCCCAGCUUGUUGGCGUUAUACCGGAGAAUGUGAAAACAUGGGGACAGCUGAAGGAGUGGGUUGCGCGAAAUCCACAGGCGGCUACCCAGGUCAACCCGGAGUAUCUGUUGCGGAUACAGACGAUCCAGGUUGCGAGACGUCAAGUCAGUCUGCAGCAACAACGACAAGCGAUGAUGAACCAGCGCAAUGUCCAGGGGCCCAAUCAAAUGCAAUCGCUGGGAAUGGGACAACCGCAAAUGCAGGGAAUGAAUCCACAGGCCGCUCAAGCGGCGCUCCAGGCUCAACAACGAGCAGCGUCGGCAAACGUGCAGCAGAUGGGGAUGGGGGGACACAUGCAACGGCCGAUGGGCCCGAACCAAAUCCCCCCGAAUCUCCCCCCGGUCACCCCACAGGAGAUUCAGCAAUUCCGACAGCGCUUCUCUCAUGCCCAAAACGUCUCCGAUGAUAUGAUUCGGAAGCGUAUCCUUGGUGCCCGGAUCCAGAACUAUCGGGAACAACAGCUCCAGAAUGCGGUGCUCCGACAGCAAGGCCAACCGGGCGCUCAUGGACCUGGAGGCAUUGGUCCGCAGGCUCAAGGGAUACCCCAGCAACCUGCACAACUCAAUAAAGCGCAAGGGGGACAGGUUCCGACGCCAGCACAACCGCCAAAACAGGGACAGAAACCAUCGCCGGCGCAGACGUCUCGGACACAAGCGCAACCCGCACAGCAAGGAACGAAGCGUCCGAACGAUGAUGGCGCACCCGCGCAAGCGAAAGCGCCGACACCAAGCCAGGGGGGACAACGCGCGCAGGCACAAACCGGCCACCCUGCUAAUAUCAGUCCGGAGCAGAUGAAGAAGCUGAACCCACAACAGCAGCGCGAGCAGCUGCUGAAAGCUCAAGCGAUGAACCAGGAACAUGCCGCCAAGGUCGCCUCGCAAGCGCAACAGGCCAGUGGAGACAGCGGCCAGGCGGUGGCACAGCGAUUCAUGGCGCUCUACCGCGAAAUGGAGCAGCAGACUCCUCGCCGACCGGCGAAUCCGGUCGAUCUUCCGACGCGGAAUGUGAUGCAGGCAAGAGUCAACCAGGUGAAGCCGAUCCUUGCGCAGUUCGACAAGAUGCUGCACGCCGUCUACUCGCAAUCGAAGAUGGAUGAGAAGCAGGUGCGCAGUCUCAUGGCGAUGAAGGUCAUGCUGCUGCAGAACAUGAGCAAGGAGUUCGUGAUUCAUUCGAACGUGAACCUCUCCACCCAGGAGCUAGAGCACAUUCUUCGCAAGAUGGGUCAGUUCGUGCAGAUGGUCAUGAUGCAAAUGAAGAAGGCGAAGGAGCAGCAAACCUCGCUGCAGCAAGGCCAGCCGCCACCGCCGCCGAAGCCAGAAGCAGUGCCACCACCAGCCAAGGGUCAACCAGCCACUGGCGCUGCCGGCGCUGCUCCUACUCCACAAACGCAGUUGAGCGCCGAUAACCUCAAGAUGCAUCAAGCGGAAUUGCACAAAGCGCGACGAUCCUCGAAGCCUCCACCGGCACCGACGACAACCGUCGCCCCGGGGUUCCCCGUCAACUCCCCGCAAGGGGUCCCGAAAUACGCGACUACCGCCCCCGAGCCACCGAAUCUGAACCUACCGCCGAAGAAGAAGCAACGGUACAAUACCGGGACCUCUUCCGCCCAAGGCACCCCCGGCUCCGCAUCAUCCCCGCAGGUUGGGAAAGGUGCCUCUCCCGACAUGAAGCGCCAGCCAUCGACCGACGCUGUGAAGCCCGUCGAGCCAGCGAAGCCAUUCAAAUGCAACGCCCCCGACUGCGAACACGGCGCCGAAGGCUUCGCCACCGAGCACGAGCUGGAGGAUCACCGCCGCGACGUGCACCACCCGCCGAUCACGGACCCGCUCCAGUUCGCCAUCGACAGCGUGCGAAAUUGCCUCGGGCUGGACGAGCGCGGCGAGAGAAAGGCCAAAGCCGAGAAAGCGAAGGCCGCCACCAAAGCAGGCGGCGAAGCUAAAACGAAAACUGGGAAAGCUGGAAAACCUGUCAAAAGUGACGCCGGAAAAUCGGACGAGGAUGAGCUCGACUCCUGGUCCGACGCGCAGAUCUCGCAGAGUCAGAUCCGCGAACUGUUCGGCGACAUCGACAGCAUGAGCUCAUCGGCCGCGUUCCUUAGCAGCGACGCGGUGCAUGGGGGACAGGAGAACAUCGAUGCGAGUGCGACGAUCUGGUCGUUGCGGGAACCGAAUCGGACGCCGAGCCCGAGUAGCGGAGAGGACGCGAAGGAUACGCCGGGGAGUAAGGAGAGCGCGGAGGCUAAGGAGAAAGAGAAGGCGGCGGGCGGGAAGGAUGGGUCGGACAGGAAGAAAGAUGCGGACGAGCAGGCGGGGCGGCGGAAGGAUAGCGACAUCUCGGAGGGAGACAACCUCACGUUGCUGAUGAGCUGGACGGAUUUGGCGGCGCUGGAUUACGACGACCCGAUGGCCGGGGCGCUGGGGAUGGGCGGGGAUUUCGCGGGCCUGUCGGCGCCUAACGGUGCGGACGCCACCUUGAUGGACGACGCGGUCCGCGUCACUGACGUCGACAUGGGGUUCCUUGACAUCGACUUCGGGCAGACGCAGGUGGUCAACGGACCGUUCGGGCGGCCGGUGGACGAGAAGGUCGACGUCAUGGAUUGGGAGCAGAUGUUUGCGGAGGUGGACAUGGAGACAUUUCGAUGAGGCGGUUCUCUUCUAGGUUUUUCCUUUCGGGAGGGGGUUUCUUCUGUCUAAUGCCUUUCACGGUAUACGGAUCGUCUAGGCGCCAUAUGGAAUGGGUCCAUGGAUGACCUCCACGGUUAUGAGAUGGGCAUUUGGGAAACGGGAUGGGAAAUAGGUCUGGGAAUGAGAUAUCACGGUCUCCUAUGGGUUUGCAUGGUGUUCUUGGGAGG